AGCUUAAUCGCAUUCGUCCCCAGAGCCAUGGAAAGGCGUUAACUCAAGAAGAUUGCAAAAGAACAGUAUUUGGAUUUUAUUACAAACCAACACCAAACUACAAUACUGAACAUAAACAUCUCAGAUGUCAAUAAUUAGGUGAAGCACAUUUCAUCGGAAAAAAAAAAGUGUAUAUAUUAAAAAUAAAUAUAUAACAAAAAAGGUAAAUUGAAAAGAGCAUUGAAGAAGGCCAAAUUCUGUAUAAUCGAGAAAACGGUAAAAGGAACAUUGGAAUAUUGGGAAAUUUAGUCUUUUGACUGUGUUUGGUCUUCUGUAUUGUUUGUGUAUCUCGAAUAUAACAGACCCCGCUCUGACUUGUCAUUCUACGGAUUUAAUCUCUGCAGUGAUCGAUCAAGCGAUCAGAUUAAGAUAAGAUAGCCGAUUGUAUUAAAUCUAUGAUGAACAGUCAGAAAUUUAAGAUGAACUGGUGAAGUAUUUACAUCUCAAAAAUUGCAUCGACAACGACAAUAACAGCAAUAUCAACAACAACAACAUUAAUCAUAACAAGAUCAUCAGUAAUAGUAGAGAUACGAAGAUAACAAGAACCACGAAAAGCAAAAGUGGAAGGCAAAAAAAAAGGACAUCUAUUAAAACACAAGAAUAACACCUUCGAUUUCAUCACCAUCAGCAGCAGCAACAACAGUAGUAUUUUCCAUCAUCAGCAACAGCAACAACAUAAUUUGAUUGCUAUCGAUUAUAACGACGAACAAGAAAAAAUAUUACAAGAAAAAUAACGAACAAUUAUAAGAACAAAAACAACUACUGGACUGCUUCUUUUCUCCUACAUAAUAAGAAGGGGAGAAAAAGAAAAACGAUAUUGGACGCGAGGGUGUAUGAAAGGAGUGAUACAACACAAAAAUUAGUUAAAUAUGCACAGCGUGUCACUUGCAAUCAUGGCUAAGCUUCCUUUCCCGUCUAUUGAGAAGAGUAACAGCUACGACGGGAGGAGACAACACCAACACUACCACCAUCCACACAGUAUCACUGUAGACGACAAACAAGACAUGAUGGGUCUGCAACAGAUCCACGAGAACUGCGAUUCGUUCAUGAAAACGACGGUGCCAAGCAAAGCACCAAGCCGCGCUAGCAACCGCAAUGCAAACCAAGAAAAUAUGAUCUUGUCGAGAGAAGAACGCCGCCGCAAGAGACGGGCAACACAAAAAUACCGUACGGCUCAUGCUACCCGGGAACGGAUACGAGUGGAAGCUUUCAAUGUGGCUUUUGCCGAGCUCCGCAAGUUGCUACCCACACUGCCACCGGAUAAAAAACUUUCCAAAAUUGAAAUACUCCGGUUAGCUAUUUGUUAUAUAUCGUAUUUGAAUCACGUCUUAGAACUGAGUUGAAGAAUACGGGUUCAAUGCAACAAUUUGGUCGUUGUAAAAGGUUCGUGGUUGUGGUACCACUGAAUUCUGACAGAACCUGACGGAAUACUUUUCCCUUCUAAAACCAAAAAUAAACAGGAAUGUUUUUUAAACAACCUGGAUGCAACAUCGCAAAGGUUUCUUUCCAGAUGCUCUCUGUCACUCAUGUUUUUAUGGAACAAAAAUUAGCAAAAGAUUUUUUUUAUGUUAUCAAUUUUAAACACAUUUUUUUAAAAGUUAUUAUUCUCGCCAUUUUGUAUAGGAAACCGAAAUUACUGAUUUGUUCCGUCUUAAUUGCCAAUCACAGUAUUAACAACCAAAGCCGGUGUGGUCGAUACUGAAGUCACUUUGAUCCAUUGAUCGAUAACAUUAUCUAUCUAUGAUAUUAUUCAGUACUUUACACUCUUGGACAUUCAUGAUGCGACUGGAUGAUUAAAAAAAAAGUCAUUACUUUCUGCACGGCUCUAAAACAGAGACGGCAUAAACUUUACAAAAUAUUACUGCAACUAAUGAAUACAUACAGACUCACCCACAGUAUUACAUUAAACAGGGUGAACUUCUUCACUUUUGCAAGUGCUAUCCGUCAACGACUGAUAGGCCCCACUGAUUUCAAGUUGUAUAAAGUUGACAUGGAAGGAGAGUAAAUGAACUAGUUACUACUGCAAACUGAACAAGAGCUACAUUUCCCAAAACCGUGGCGCUCAUUACUGCAUAUUCAAAUAUAUAAGUAAGUCGCUCUCUCCA